AUGGACUCGAUCGAUCCAUCCAUAGAAGGAAGAAAAGAAGAGAAAUCAUGGAGUACUGGUUGCUGUCAAGGGAUCCUUAUGUCCUGUCUAGGCGAACUGUCACGUGACGUUCAUAUUGUAUCCAAUAAAUUCUGGAGUUCGGAAGUACCACCGAUAUCUCUGUUUCCUACCCAUGAUGCAGUACAAAGGGACAAAACUCAUGGUUUCCUGUCGAUAACAUUUACUCGUGCUCUGUGCAAAAACAACAACAAACGCUUAAAAAAACAAGGUGUUGAUGUCCCAAACUUUAUUCAAAUGGACAAUGCCACUGGUCAAUGUGAAUUGUAUUUCCAUAAGUAUAUCUCGGAAAUUUGUCUCAAAAUGGACCCGUGUGACGUCAUAGUUUAUCCUCCUGUCCUAGAAUCUCUCAUAACUGUUUUUGAAAAGGGCGGGAAAAAUAUAGAGACAGCGUCUGCUACAAGAAAGAUGUCUGCCGCUACUCCCGUAAAUAACGACAUCACAUUUCUGGCUGCCCACAUGGUUCCGUUACUCUAUAUCAAUUUGAGUAACCUGCGAAUUUUUCUGCCAAAAGCAGACGUGAAGACAAAAGAGCAGACGUUCAGCGCCGAUUCAGCAGACGCCAAAAACAAUCAGUCGACCUUGAAUCACGAUCUUUUAGUGGUGCAGUUAAAUUCCGUCAGUAUUAAUUCGCAUGCCGAUAAUCCGCUACCUCGUUAUCCAAUCAGGAAAGACAUGUAUGACUGGGCCGUGAUGAAUGGUUUUAACCAGCAUCCAAGUUCAUGUAUUGAAGAUCGGCAAUAUCAGGUGGAUAUUAAAGGAUUGACCAUGUGUACAGGUAAUUGGAGUGAUUUUAUUGAGUGUAUCAAUAAGAAUGUAGAUAAUAAUACAACAUAUUCUACAGUACAGAUUCCAGCACUAGAAUGGAAUACAUGUUUAUCAUUACAACAGAAAGAUAAAGAAGAUAUAAAACUGAUUCCUGUAGCGUUACCUUUUGACCUUAAAGUUGUGGCAGCACCAGCUAUCGUUUAUGAAAAGAAACUGGAUAAUCAAUCUAGAAAUCAACAGAUUCUGGUCUGUGGAUUCAACAUGGAAGUCAAUGUGACAAGUGACCUUGACCUUUACAUCAGCACCAAUCAGAUUCAACUAAUCAGCACUGUUCUAACAAACUGUGUUCAAAUAGUCCAAUCAAAAAACAGGACAAAUACAUCUACUACUGGAAGCCAAAAGACUCGACAUCAAGAUUUCGCCUUUGAUAGCGGGGUAGAGAGUGAUAUCUCAACUGUUUUGAAUGAUUCCUUCAAAUUUCAACCUCAUCCGGUGCCCUCCGUGUCAUCUGAUAUUGAACUCCGUUCAAAGGUCACGCCCUUUGAAGUUCUGUUAACGGCAGACCGAAUAUCAUGUACUCUGUACACACAUAAACACUUAGAGGACGACUUCCAUCCAGUGAAAAUUAAAAGUGAAGAAACUGUAAAUGGUGCCGCUAAAGGCUCUAAAACCAAAUUUGAUUGGAAGAGAGAUAACUUAUCGUCCAAUGGGAAUGGGGAUGAUGAUGUAGAUAGUAAUAUUUUACAGCCGUCAGAUUCAAGUACGAAUUUUGGAUUCCUGAAAGUUCACCGAGACAGCGCUGCAUCCAAUCAUGAUAUUAUGGCUGGUACCGUCUGCAUUAAACCAUUUCUGUAUGUCUAUAUCGCUCAGCCUUACACAGUUCUUGCCUGUAGUUCUUCCAGUCAGAAAUUUGAAAUGAGUUGCUAUGACAUCAUCAUUCGUGGUUCCGAAAGUCAGCUGUUAAUUCCAGUAAGUGAAAGUCAGAUUAUUCCCGAUUGCGCUGAUUUUAGUCUGUACUGGGUCGAAACAAGGCCUGGACAACCACAUCUAAAGACUGGAAUACCACCUUGUCUUUUUACUGUACAGAUAAAAGAUUUCUUACAAGAACCAGCAUGUGUAAUGUUACGCCUAGAGAGACCAUUGAAAGCUAAUAUAGAUUUACAGAAAGUACAACAAGUUCAAGACUUCAUAGAGGGGAUAACUCUGAUGUCAGUAAAAACAAAUAAAGACAGAAGUGAGCAGGCACCAUCAUCAGAUGUAACAACACCAAGUAUUUUGUCCCAUAUUGAUCAUAUUGAGGUUGUCACGGAGCAAAUUGUUGUUACCAUGGAAACUGUACCUAAUAGUGGUGCUGCCAGCUGUGUCAUGUCCACGUCUAGAAUUAGAGUUGAUUCAGAAUUUCAACAUAACUCAACAGGUGCCAUAGAAACUAUAACAGGCCGAUAUCACGUUAAAGAUGUUCUACUUACAACUGUCUAUAAUUCAAGAUGUCUGCCGUUACUAGGGCCAACUUCCUUGUUCCUGGAAACCAUCUUUUAUUGGACAAAACACAGCGGACAUCAAAACAUUCCCAAAACUCUAGUUGCCAUGGAAACAGAUUUGAUAACCGUGAAUUUCGGACAAGAACAUCUCCUGUGUUUAGAAGCUGUGGUGAACAACAUCAAGAGAUUUUUAUCUGGCAAUAAGAGGUUAAAAGGACCAUCUGACGUUAAGACCCCAUCUUGUGAUGAUGUAGUAGUAGAAGAAGUUAAUAUUAUUGAUGAGGAAGCAGUAUUUAUAUCAGAUGUCACUUAUGAUGAUUUUAAAUCUGGUUCUUUGGCUUACAUAUCAGCUCCAGAUGGUAGUGAUAUACAUCCAAGUGGUGGAGAGAUUAUAUUUAGUAAAAGUAAAAUGACCAAUGGUAAUGGUGGUAUGAUGACAUGGUGUUACCAUCAGUCACGUGUUAUACAGUCCAUCUCUGUAUCACCGGUACCAUUUAACACACAAGAUAAUAUAACACAUCAAGUGUCAAGUGUAUUACAGUACUGGGACACAGCAACUCGACAGUUUAUGGAUUACACCAAGUUUAAUCUCUCAGAGAGCGAGACUACUAGUCUAGAUCUACCAGCCGUUCAUCCACGUAAUACAAGAGAUUUGAUAUCGUCACAGAUGUGGAGAAUUAUUAUCACAGUUACUACCUCAAAUAUUCUAGAAGAAGAUAUAAGUAUAGAAGAAGCUGUAAUAUUACCUACAUCAUUAUUAGGUUGUAUUAAACUUGACACCUGUUUUAUACCUAGUCUUAUUCCUGUCUAUCAACUCUCACUCAUCUUAUCAGCUGUAGAUUUACGUCUAUAUAACCAUCUAUUAUAUACUAAUAAAGACAUUCCAAAUAAACUAAAGCCAUUCCACUUCAUCCCUGAUGAAGUAACAGAAGAAGAAUUUGCUGUCAUACGAUUGGAUGGUUUAACAGCAACAGCCAAUCACAUUGAAGGUUUACAGAAACGUACAUCUGUUCAGGUUGGAUGUAGCGUUAAUGUUGAUGUGGUAGAAUUUGAGAAUUUAACAAUGAUACCAGUUUUACAGGCCAACACAUUAACAGCAGAUGUCAACUUAUUACAUACAGAAAAGGUAAGCAAGGCCUUUCUAGUCUAAUUAUUUCAUUUUGCUUGAUGAGCUAGUGCUUUGUAUUGGGUAGUUUGUCUGUUUAUCCAUUGAUGAUAUGCAC